GCCAGCUUCCAGAUGCACUUCCGAAAUCAUUUCAAAGGAUGGAUAUGUAUACUAUUGUCACUUGUGGGCUUGAAGCGCUAGCGCUGAAGCUUGAAGAUCACAACCGUCGACCAUGACAAGCCUGAGAGUACUCCCACGUGUACACUCCAAGCAGUAGCGCUCACUGUGGGUCCGACUCAUCCGCGCGCACAGGCAGGUCACCAGACAAGCCUGAGACGAGCCCUGACCUAACGAUGGUGUCCUUGUGUUUCUAUCGGUUUGUGUCUAUAAUUCCAUAUAUUUCAACUAUCCUGGCAGUACAAGUCCAUCCAGUCAAGCGCAGUAUCGUCUCACCUGCCACCUGCAGUAGUGAAUACUCAUGGAUGGACGACGGCCAAGGCGACUCACCUUGUCUUACUGUCGCUUAUGUCGAGGCCGCAUGUUCUGGGAGCAACAAUUAUGAUCAACCAGUCCUGAAGAACGGCUAUUCGUACUCCUUGCCAAAUUCGACGACCGCAAAUCCAUGUUAUUGUUCUUGGUCAUCUUAUAAUCUUAUGAUGGCGUGCACUAUAUGCCAAAACAAUAAUGAUUCUGCUAUCUGGGAAUGGGCUCAAUGGACAAAUGGAUGCACCACCAACUCAUCGUGGACAGAGAAAUAUUUCCCUUCUGGAUAUGUGCUUGCUGGAAAUGCUUCCAUACCUUACUGGGCUAUUACUGAUCCGACAACAUGGACAUCUGCGACUUUCAAUAUCAUAGAUGCGAACGCUACUUAUCAGAAGAAUCCUUCCUACAUAAUUCCUAGUCCCCCAUCGUCAUCUAGCGGUCCAUCAUCUAGCAGUUCAAGCUCAAAAUCAAUUGACGUGGGUGCAAUAGUUGGUGGUACCAUCGGAGGCGCAGCCGCACUCUUGCUUCUCGCCAUUGGCGCCUAUAUACUAUACAGACGCCAUGUAUACAGGAAAGGAGUUCAUGUCUCUGCCAUCAACCAACAAGGGACGACCUUUAUGUCAUCGUCAGGCACACAUAGCCGUUUCCCCUCCGACACAUCCAACUUCGCUCCAUCAAUGUCGGGCCCUCUUGCAUUGUAUGGGCAGUCCGUAUCCCCGCCGCCGCCGCAGAAUGAGAUUGUAUAUUCUUCACAACCUCAGACUACAUACCCAUCUCUGCAAGGUUCAUUCUCACCUCUUCCGCAGACAAAUAUGUCCGUCUACACUACAUAUACUGGUAAUGGCCAACGUUCCGAUGUCAUACCAAUGGUUUAACGGUAGGGUGUUUCUUACAAGUUCUUCAUAGCUUGAACUGUCGCACGCGCUCGCAUUCGGUACCUUAUACUAUGAUCUCCUGGCCAAUGUCCUUACGAUUUACUUAUUUUUUUAUGACAGGCAAGGGGGGAUUAGGACUUUCUUACUUCGCAUUCUAUCAGUAUGUCAUUUAUGCCGUCGUUCCCGCCAACUUAUGGCGAUAUUA